AUGUAUAAUGUGUUUUCGGUUCUAGCCACAGUGGAGGAAGUAAGUCAGUGGGAGUUUUCUUUGGCUUUGUCUGAUACUGAAGCAAAGGCUCUUCUCAAAUGGAAAGCCAGCUUAUUUCAAAAUAAAGCCCUCAAUAUUCUCAACUGGUACCCUCCCCCUCAUAAUGCCAACAAUUCUUCCACCAAUCCAAAAGCAAAUACAAUCCCGUGCACUUGGACUGGUGUUUCAUGCAAUACAGCUGGAAGUGUCAACAAGAUAAACCUUUCCACUUGUGGUAUUCAAGUUACCUCUCCAAACUCGACUAUCUUGAUCUCUCUCUCAAUCAAUUGUCCGGGAGCUGAUACUGAAGCAAAGGCUCUUCUCAAAUGGAAAGCCAGCUUAUUUCAAAAUAAAGCCCUCAAUAUUCUCAACUGGUACCCUCCCGCUCAUAAUGCCAACAAUUCUUCCACCAAUCCAAAAGCAAAUACAAUCCCGUGCACUUGGACCGGUGUUUCAUGCAACACAGCUGGAAGUGUCAACAAGAUAAACCUUUCCACUUGUGGUAUUCAAGGUACGCUACAUGAAUUUUCAUUCUUGUCCUUCCCUAAUCUUGAAUAUCUUGACCUCCAGAUGAAUAAACUCUCUGAUGUCAUCCCACCUCAAAUCAGUUACCUCUCCAAACUCGACUAUCUUGAUCUCUCUCUCAAUCAAUUGUCCGGGAGAAUCCCACCAGAAAUCGGUCUCCUAAGAAAUCUUACCCUUCUCGAUCUCCAUGAAAAUAAAUUUUUUGGGGACAUUCCCAAGGAAAUAGGCAACAUGAAAUCUAUUGUGAAAUUAUAUUUGUAUAAGAAUAAACUCAACGGUUCAAUUCCAAGAUCAUUAUGCAAUCUAACAAGACUUACCUAUCUUUACCUCUAUAAGAAUCAGCUUGCUGGUUCUAUUCCCAAUGAGAUAGGUAAUUUAAAGUCUCUAGUAGAUCUACAGUUGUCCUCCAACACUUUAAGUGGUUACAUCCCUCCAAAUAUUGGUAACUUACAAAAAUUAAACACUUUGUACUUGCAUACCAAUAAACUCUCGGGCUAUAUUCCUAAAGAGAUAGGGAACUUGAAAUCUCUUAUGGAUCUUAAUUUGGGUGAUAAUCAAUUCAGAGGCUCAAUUCCAAGAUUUUUAGCAAAUAUCUCAACCCUUACCUAUCUUUAUCUCUUUGGUAGUCAACUUUCUGGCAUUAUUCCCAAUGAGAUAGGUAAUUUGAAGUCUCUUGUAGAUCUACAGUUGUCUUCUAACACUUUAAGUGGUCCCAUCCCUCUAAGUAUUGGUAACUUAAAAAAAUUAAACACUUUGUACUUACAUGACAAUAAACUUUCUGGUUUGAUUCCAAGAGAGAUAGGGAACAUUAAAUCUCUUGUGAACUUAGGAUUGAGUGGCAAUCAACUGCAUGGUUCAAUUCCUACUUCAUUUGGUAACCUGACCAACUUGGAAAUCUUACAUCUACGAGAUAACCAACUUUCCGGCUCCAUUCCCCAAGAGUUAGAGAAUCUCAAGAAUUUGACUCAAUUGCACUUGGAUACAAACCAAUUGUCUGGUUAUUUGCCCCCAAAUAUUUGCCAAGGUGGAAAGCUCACAAACUUUUCAGUAUUCAAAAACUAUUUGACUGGACCAAUCCCUAAAAGCUUGAAAAAUUGCACGAGCUUAAUAAGAGUCCGUCUUGAUCAGAACCAAUUGACAGGAAAUAUAUCUGAAGGCUUUGGUGUUUAUCCGAAUCUUGAUUUUAUGAAUAUAAGCAACAACAACUUGUAUGGAGAAAUCUCACACAACUGGGGACAAUGCCCAAAGUUGACAACCCUACUAAUGGCAGGAAACAACCUUACUGGUAGCAUCCCACCUGAGAUAGGAAACGCAACCCAAAUUCAUGUGCUCGACCUUUCUUCAAAUCAUUUAGUUGGGUUGAUCCCAAAAGAAUUCGAGAAGUUGUCUUCAUUGGUGAGGUUGAUAUUGAAUGGAAAUCAACUUUCGGGUCGUAUACCGUCAGAAUUUGGAUCAUUAAGUGAUCUUGAAUAUCUUGACUUGUCAACCAACAAAUUCAAUGAGUCAAUUCCGAGCGUUAUAGGUGACUUGUUCAGAUUGCACUACUUAAAUUUGAGCAACAACAAGUUGGCUCAAACAAUUCCAUUUAAGUUAGGGAAGUUAUUUCAAUUGAAUGACCUGGAUUUAAGUCAUAAUCCCACAACAAGCUUUCGGGUUCCAUACCAUCAAGUUUCGAAGAGAUGCACGGCUUGUCGUACAUGGACAUAUCCUACAAUCACUUGGAAGGUCCCCUUCCCAACAUCAGUGCAUUUCGAGAAGCUUUGCCAGAAGGAUUAA